AUGCUCUACCUGUCUGAUCAUCGUUUAGUCCAAUGUGGCUUAGACCUUCCGUUACCUAAAGUUGCCUCAAAAAUCUUAACAUACAGAUGUUUAUCUACUAUCAGUGUGGAUGACCUACUACAGGAUGCUGCUAAUGUGAACUGGAAUGACGUCAAUAGUUUUGGCGAUGUUAACGAGCAACUAAACUGGCUGAAUGAUGCUAUAAUUCAGCUAUAUAACAAACAUGCUCCGUUAAAAAUAAUUGUCUUGAAGAAGAAUUACAAACCCUAUAUAACACACACAAUCAAAGCAAUGAUUCGGUUGAAGAGGAAAGCGUAUCGCAGAUACUGUAGGAGCAAUAACUCAGUUCAUCUAGAGUAUUACAAGGAUUUGAGAAACUACGUAUCAUUUGCCAUAAAGAGUGAAAAGAAAGCUUUCAUCCAAUACAAAACCAGGUUAUAUAGGAACUCUCCGGCAAAACUGUGGUAA